GAGGUGGUACUGGGCUCUAGCUGACCCCAGGCCUUCGGCUGGACAUGUGUGGACAAGAACCGCCCUGGGCACAGGUCACCUGGCUCCCAACCCUCACCAAAAAGGGGGUAAACCCCUCCUCUCGUGGAAGAUUUUGCAGCCCCAACCGCCUUCUUGUCUGAACCUUGGUUUGCUCUGAAAGCCUGUGGUCUGAUGUCAUCUGACAGCUGUGGGACGGAUGGACUUUGCUCUUCGAGUGCCGCACGGACUCCCUGACAUCAAACGUGACAACCCAAAGGCCAAAUAAUCAGGUUUCCUGGUGCCUCCUUGAGAAGAACAAGGCACCACAGCCCAGCCAGGGCAGGCGUGCCUCCAAAUGGCCCUGUAACGCUGCUUGGAGGAGAGAAGUACAGCGGCUUUGAAUGGCAGCAUUAAGAAAACCAAGGUUAAAACAAGGAAAAUGAAGCAGUAUUGAAGAGCACAUAGAUAUUUCAUGCACAUAGGAGCUUCUCUGCUUGUGGUCCUACAGGUCUUUAGAGUCAGUGUUUCAGACUGGGAAGCAAACAUAAGUAUAUUGUUUUCCAUCCAGCUGCGUAAGGAUUAAAAAGUUAAAAAGGAGAAAAGAAAGGGAAGUUGCUACUAGUGGAAAUAAAACAGCAGUAUCACACAGCUCCUCUAACAAUGGGCUUCUUUAAGACUUCUUAAUGCAUCUAAUUUAAAAACCUAACUUAAAUCAAUAAAACGCAUAUGGAGAACAUCCCCCCCAAAGGCAGGAGGUAAAUCAGAGACUGAGCAAAGAAAAAAAUCCUGCAAAUACUUGUUAUCAAUCCACCCCGGAGCAGCUCUGAGCUCUUGCCCAGUGAGCAGCACCAGCCAUGCAGCUGCUGUUGGGUGUUCUGCUGGGAGAUAAGAGGACGCAGCUGCCACCAGAGCCUUAUCAGGGAUCUCAUGGCUCCGGCAGAAAUAAACACAAUAAACACCGACCGCUGUGUUGGCAGCUGGGCUGGCAUCGGGGCUCACCGCCCCAGAGUGACCUGCAGGCUGCUCUGGGUAUCCAGAUCCUUGAGGACUACCUGCUGGUGGAAGAUGAGCCUCUGCUGGAGGAGAUGGCCGAGGAGGAUGAGGAUCUCGACCUGUACAAUGAGAUGACUUUUGGGUUAGACCAAGACUCCAUAGAUAAGAACACUGCAAAACUCCUGAUGCCUCCAGAGAUGAGCCCUGAGCUGACCCAAGCAGUGGCAGAGGAGACCAAGGAGGAUUUGGGACCCAGAGCAGCUGAGGAGCCAGGGGAGCCCCAGGAGGAAGGUGGGAUGGAGCCAGAAGUUGAGCACGUCGGUUCUGAGUUGGAGGAAGAGGAAGAAGAGCUGGGGACUGAGGAGCAGGAGGAAGAGCAGGAGCUCUGUGAGGAGCCUGACAACCUGGGGGACCCGGCGGUGAUGAGAGCCGUGCAGAGCAAACCCUCGCUGGAGAGCCAGGACUCAGCAGUGCUGGACAGCAAGAUUGGUGCUUGUUGGGCAGAGUUUGACAAAGAGGAUGUGCUGGCGAUGGAUCCCGCGGUGUGGGGCACCAUCCCGCCCCGUCAUGUGCUGGAGGACAAAGCCAUCCUGCAAGUCCUGGAGAGGCCCCUGCCAGCCACCAACGUGGCCCUCGACUUCCUCAGCUCCCCGGCGCAGAGAGGCUACAGGGGCUCUCCCCGCCCCAAGCGCCCCGACUUCAGGCUGGUGUCCCCCAAGUCCUUCCCCCAGCGCUUUCUCCAGCAGCAGCCACCUCUGGUCCCUCGCUCCACAUGCUCCCCUCGGCCCUUCACUCUGCCUCGCAGACCCUCUCCACUCUUCGCUUCCAACCAGACCGCAGGGUACACGUCUCCCACCCCUUUUGGGCCCAUGUCACCCACCGUCAGCAGCCCCCCGCAGCCUCUCGCCAUGCACUUCGGUCCUAUGUCUCCAUCUCUGGACCCCGCUCUCUUCUUUGGCCCGUCAGCCAGUGGCCAGCUCAGUCUCAGCGUGCCCAGCCACCUGACGCAGCUGCACCCCCAGCACCAGCGGAUCUUGACCCAGCGGCAGACGCAGAGCAUCUCCCCCAAGAAGCUGUGGUCUCCUCAAGUGGACCCUUACGUGGGGCUGAUGACCUCCAAGGAGAAGGACUGGGUGGUCAAGGUGGAGAUGAUCCAGCUGCAGAGCGAGAACAUGGAUGAUGACUAUUACUACCAGACCUACUACCACCGGCUGGAGCACAAACAGGCGGAGGAGGAGCUGCUUGGUGGGCGCAACAAGCAGGAACCCCCCAAGCUGGUCACACCGUUCAUCCAGAAAGUGGAGACGUAUGACUCUGUGGUGCGCAUCGCGGGCUCUCUGGGCCAGGUCGCCGUGUCCACCUGCUACAGCCCUCGCCGGGCCAUCGACGCCGUGUACCAUGCACUUGUGGAGGAGGCUGCGGGGAACCACCGGCUUCGGGCGCUGCACAGGAUCGAGAAGCUGUUCCUGCAGCUGCUGGAAGUGGAGGAGAUGCAGCGGAAGAUGUCUCUGGCCCCGCAGGAGCAGCAGCCCUGCUGUCAGGAGCAGAAGAGCCAAGAAGUGGAACGUAUCUACCAAGCCUUGAAAAUCAGGGCUUGCAGCAGUGAAGAGGAGGCAGAGGAUGAGUUCCUGCAGCUCCUGUGUGUGAGGAAGGGCAAGAAGCUCACGGCCCGGCUGCUGCCCUACUUGACCCGACAGCAAACAGAGAAGAUCCUGCUGACCAUCACUCACCAUCUGCCUUUCCUCAUGAAGAAGGAUGUGUUGGAUGAGUCUCUCCCCCUGCUCUACAGCCCAUUGAAUGAGGUGGUGGGUGGGAUGACCUUCAGCAAGCUCCUCGAGGUCCUGCAGGAGAUGACCAGACCUCUGCCUGAGUCCCCUGAGCUCCCCCUCACCAUGGCCUUGAAGAACCAGUUUGGGAUCUCCUUGCUCUAUUCCCUGCUAAGCCAUGGUGAAAGGCUGCUGUCCUCCGACACGCCGCUGGAACCGUGCAGCGGUGACUUCGACACAUGGACGGACACGGUGUUCCUGGUGGCCCGGGAGCUGUCACAAGUGCCUAAGGCCUUGCUGGUGGAGCCGCUCUUCUUGCCCAGCAACCUCCUCUCGCUCUUCUGCCGCUACCUGGACAAGCAGACCGUCCACCACCUGGAAGCCAAGAUGGAGUGCUCACCGCUGCCAUCCGAGGCUGCUAUGCCGUGCUGAGCGCAGGGAGCUUGCGACUUCGAGUUCUGAAGCGAACACUGACCCUGGUGCAGGGCACUCCGGGUGAACGGGCGCGGGCAGGACCGAUGGUGACCUGCCCAGGUGCUCAGGGACACAGCCACGGGGACGUGGGUAACUUAUUUUUGGCCUCGCACCCAGCAGGCAUCAAGAUGUUGGGGUCUGCACAGGGGCGCUGGGAGCACCUGGGGGUGAGUUUGUGUACAGCACUUGAAAUAAAAUUUAAAAAGGUGAUGAACAA